UGGGAAUUCUCGGCCUGAAGAUCAUUGUCCACAGUAUGCGACGGGGCGAUAAAUGUCACGUGACGAUCGUGCCCACUUAUAGAUUUGGAGCCAGGGCUGCCACUCUCGACACUAAAAACACCACACUCUUUUACGAGAUGGCCUUAGUGGACGUCAUCGAGACGGAGGAUGACGGCGGCAUGGACUGCUUGGACAUCGACUCCCGAAUGCUGCCUUUCGACACUCUCUUUGGGCCUGGAAGAACUAGGAAUUCUCGGCCUGAAGAUCAUUGUCCACAGUAUGCGACGGGGCGAUGAAUGUCACGUCACGAUCGCGCCUUGGACAUCGACUGCCGAAUGCUGCCUUUCAACACUCUCUAUGGGCCUGGAAGAACUAGGAAUUCUCGGCCUGAAGAUCAUUGUCCACAGUAUGCGACGGGGCGAUGAAUGUCACAUCACGAUCGCGCCUUGGACAUCGACUGCCGAAUGCUGCCUUUCAACACUCUCUAUGGGCCUGGAAGAACUAGGAAUUCUCGGCCUGAAGAUCAUUGUCCACAGUAUGCGACGGGGCGAAGAAUGUCACGUGACGAUCGCGCCUUGGACAUCGACUCCCGAAUGCUGCCUUUCGACACUUUCUAUGGGCCUGGAAGAACUAGGAAUUCACGGCCUGAAGAUCAUUGUCCACAGUAUGCGACGGGGCGAAGAAUGUCACGUGACGAUCGCGCCUUGGACAUCGACUCCCAAAUGCUGCCUUUCGACACUUUGUAUGGGCCUGGAAGAACUAGGAAUUCUCGGCCUGAAGAUCAUUGUCCACAGUAUGCGACGGGGCGAAGAAUGUCACGUGACGAUCGCGCCUUGGACAUCGACUCCCGAAUGCUGCCUUUCGACACUUUCUAUGGGCCUGGAAGAACUAGGAAUUCUCGGCCUGAAGAUCAUUGUCCACAGUAUGCGACGGGGCGAAGAAUGUCACGUGACAAUCGCGCCCACUUAUAGAUUUGGAGCCAGGGCUGCCACUCUCGACACUAAAAACAACACACUCUUACGAGAUGGCCUUAUAGUGGACGUCAUCGAGAGGGAGGAUUACGGCGGCAUGGACGGCUUGGACAUCGACUCCCGAAUGCUGCCUUUCGACACUCUCAUUGGGGAGUGUUUCCUCUGCAACGCAGCCUGGAAGAACUAGGAAUUCUCGGCCUGAAGAUCAUUGUCCACAGUAUAUGACGGGGCGAUGAAUGUCACGUGACGAUCGCGCCCACUUAUUGAUUUGGAGCCAGGGCUGCCACUCUCCACACUAAAAGCAACACACUCUUUGACGAGAUG